UGCACGCCACGCUGAGGGUCCCCUGCCGGUGUCCUGUGGGUCCUGCAUGCGUCACACCUGUGUCGCACAUGAAGCCACAGCCUGGGAGAGGAGGGACCUAGAGGUCUUCUCAUCUGUCCACCUCUGUUUUAGCCAAGAAAACCAGGACUCGGAGCAUGGUCUCAUGAGGAGGUGCCACGCGGGAGGGGAGCUGAAGUCCGGUCACCGGGCACGCUGGUGGUCCUGGGUGUCAGGGGACAGCAGGUGCUGCUCAGGUCCACGAGCACAGUCAGCGCCUCCACAGGUGGACAUCUCCGCUGGCCCUUGUUGCGAUCAGCUUCUCUCUGUCCCUCAGCUCUGCCCAGAGCCGUGUGGCCUCGACCUGGCAAGUUGCGGGGCGGGGUGGGGGGGGGGGUGUCUCAGGCUUCCAGAACAGCAGCCCCCCCCCCCCCCACACACACGCUGCCCUGUCCUCCUCCGGUUAGCCCUGAGCUUUGCGGACAUCCCGCGGGUGCCAGGGAGUUCUCUGGCCCCGGAAUCCCCUCUCACCUGCUGGGAAACGCCAGGACCUCGGUCCCUGGGGAGCCGCUCUCCAACGAUGCACCCGAGGUCCAAAGACUCACAGACGACUUCCUUUCCAGUUACAAAAUAUCUCACACACACACGACUGAGGACGGUAGGGACCCUCACCUGUGUGCCCACACCCACAUCAACCAGACUGGCAGCGGAGGGUCUCCAAGGUGUGUCCUGGCCUUCUCGGGGUCGUGGGGUGAUGGGGGCAGAGCCACCACAGGAGCGUCCCCUCCCGGCAUGUACGGCCUGCAGGGCCAGGCGUCGGGUGGGAUGCGGGGCUCCCCGUAGCUGGGCACGGUCACCCUCACGGACCACGGGGCACCGGGGCUGCGUGCUGCCCGCCUCCCGACCCGAUGCUUCAGAGAACUGGGAGCUGCCGCCAUCCGCGAGCGUGGCCUUCCCUCUCAAGUCCGCUGGUUUGUUGCUGCCCGCUUGGCCGUUGCGGGAGAACGCUGGCAUUGGCUCCCAGAAAUACACUCUGGGCUGGUGGCACUUACCCCCCCACCCCCACCCCGGGGGGCUGGCUUCAGGGAAGUCGGACCUGCCUGGUCGUGAUUAAUGGACACAGAUCUGCCCGGGAGAAGCUAACGUAACAAGAGCCGUAGGCCUCUGCCUCUGCGCUCCUGCCUCGGCUGCGGGCGCACGCGUGUGUUUCUGUUGGCCGCGGCCCAGAUACCAUCGAGAGGUGGAAAACAAUCUGGAAAUCUGAACAGUGUUGAACAAGGAAAGAAAAUGCUCUAUCGACCCGAACAAACAGAGAUACGGUCUCUCCGCCCCCAGCCCCCCGACGUGAUGCUCCGCUGGGUCUGGGAGGAAAACAAUGAGACGCUGAAGGAGAAACACGUGAAAACACGCAGCCUGCGAAGACAGAACAGAGUGCAUCCGUCCCUCGGCCACAGCCCCGGACAGACCCUGGGACCCCGGGGCAAGCCCCCCGGGAAGAGGGACCUGGCGAGCGGGGCAGGGCUCUCCCGGGGCCCCCGGCCCGGCCCAGGUGGCCUCUCUGUCUGCUCUGUGGACAGCACGGGCGUCCGGGUGUGAUGUGAACGCCUCUCCACGUGUCACCCGCUUCCCUGUCACGGACAUAAAACUUAACCUUUUUACCCAAUUAUGGAGGACGGGAUUCUAAAGGGGCCCCGACAUUUCCCGGCGUGGGGCACCUGCCUGGGACACUUUUCCCCAUGCAAUGGGGCGUGGGCACAUCUGUGGACGCUUCACACGGCCAAGAGGACUUCGUGAGUAUAAUUCAGGCUGCGGGCCAGUGCACUUGGACGUCAACCAAAGGGAGGUCGUUUGGGUGGGCCCGGCCCAGUCGCUGGAGCCUUUUACGUCUGAGCAGGGAGGUCGGAUCAGAGAGCGCGUGCGGUCCUGCUGGCCUGCAGAUGGUCGCGUGAUGCCGCCGGCCCGAGGGCCACCAAGCAGGGGGGUGCGGGCAGCCUCCACAGGUCAAGAGAACGAGAUGGUUCUUCCCCAGAGCUGCCCGCAGGGGACACAGCCUGGUCACGCGUCGGUUCCGGCUUCGUGAGACCCUGAGCAGAGAACCCGGUCACGCCACGCUGACUCCUGCCCCACAGAACCGUGGGCCAGUGAAGCAAGCGUUGGCCGAGCUACUAAAUCGUGAUUAUUUAAUACGCAGCAACAGGUAAUCAUACAAAAAGCAGCACAAACGCAUGGUUGCAAAGUUAGCAAAACCAGACGCAAAAAGAAGGGAAUGAAAACCACUGAUGGUGAGUCCGCCCAGACGGGCCUCUGGCUAACGUCGCUGAGCAGCCUUUCAUGUAUUCUCUCUCUCUCUCUCUCUCUUGCACAUUUACCAGCUGUAUCGGGCUGCGGUUGACCUACACCACGUUUUAAUGUUUUUAAAUCAUGGUACGGUUCGUCAGGUGGACGUGCGCUUGCUCCCACGAAGGCUGCCCCUCAAUCAGGAUAUUGAACCUGUCCUACUCCCCGGAGUCCCUCAUGCUCCUCUGAGGCCCCUUCCGCCCACGCCCGCCCAUCCCCGCCACCCCCAGGUGCGUGAUGACACCGUUCUGUCACUGUGCAAUGCAGCAGUCCCCCCCCUUAACUGUGGUCUCAGUGACCGGCGCUCAGCCGUGGUCCCGGAGCAGAUGAUCCUGCAUCACCAGCCCUCGUCACUGGCCCACCUCACCGUGUGGGCGUUCCGUCACCUCCCAGCCUCCCAGGAGGAGGGGCGAGUGCAGGGCAAGAAGACAUUUCGGGAAGAGAGAGACCACAUUCACGUACCUUUAAUUAUAGUGCAUGGUUAUAAUCGCCCUAUUAUUAGUUAUUGCUAAUUUCGUACUGUGCCUGAGUUUAAAGUACACUUCACCGCAGGUGCGUAUGUGGAAGAGAACAGUCUCUGGAGGGUCUGGUGCUGUGUCUGGCUUCGGGCAUCUGCUGGGGGACUUGGAAGCAUCCCCUGCAGAUAAGGGCGGGGGGUGCUUCUGUGCUCUCACGUCCAAGAACCGUGUGUCGGUGGAAUCAUGCAGUCUGUGCUCCUUGGUUUAGUGUUUUGAUCUCCGUGUUUCCUCACGCUGCCUUCAAAUUCAGUAAGUUCAAGUCCAUCUGCGAGGUCGGACCUUCCGUUGAUCCCAUCCAGCCACUUUCCAUAUGAGACUCACCGUUCUUGUCUCUGGCCUGUGAUCUGGGUCCUUCUGGCCUCUCUCCACCCUGUUUAAGGUGCGCGUCUCCCCCUCCCUCCUGGAACGCACGGGGUCAAGUUAUGACGAGGGCCACAAUGUCCUGUCUACCCACACAUUCAUCUGUGUCACGUCACCCUGUUUCAGUCAACUUGUCCUAAUGGGUCACACUUCCCUGCUUCGUGGCACGCCCGGUGGCAUUUCACCGGAUCCAGACGUUGUGUGCUUUACCUCGUCGGGGGCCACGGAGCUUCGUAGUUGCGUGACUACUGCUCUCCUCAGAUGCGUGUCCUGCUCAGCGCUCCCCUGUCCUGGGUCUGUCUUAUCAAGCUCCCCACACUCCAGCCCCUUGUCCCCAGGCGGUGAGCCGGCACCGGGGGGCGGGGGGCUCAGCUGGGCUUUGUUCCCAUCCUGCGGCAUAAUGUCCUUCAUUUCCUCAUGGCCAGCGUCUCCAAGAGAGCCCUUUCCUGUUUUGUCCGGUGUUUUCUUGGUUCAGACCAGAGGGUAACUCUAGUUCCUGUUAUUCCGUCUCAGCCAGAUAUAGAAAUAUUGGCGUAUAUUUUGAAAAAGAAACAAUCAAGCCAGACCCGGGGUUUUGAAUCCUGGUCACCAUGCCUGGAAAUGGUCAGUCAGCGGGGUUCGGGCUAUCUCCCUGCAGAAGGCCCGGGGAGGUUGGCUGCAGCAGAUCGAGCCCCACCCCGUGCCCUCGGGGUCACUGCUGGGCUUAGGUCCCCGUCGGAUGUGCCCAUGGGCCCGUCUCGUCUGUGGGAACCCCCGAAGUGAGCUCUGGGGAGCCGGGUCCUGAGACGCUGACCAGGGUCAGAGUGGGGCAGGGGGACCCUGGGUGAGGACGGGCUGCCCGUGGAGGAAAACUCACAGGCGAGCAGGAGAUCCUUGUCGGGACCUGGUUCCCGGGGCCGAGGCGGGGAGGCAGCCGCGUCCACAGGGCCGGCCUCCCGGAGCCGACACGCUCACACCGUGAGUGUUGAAGGAAACCACGACCUGUCGUAACGGUGUUCCCCAAACUUUUUUAACGUAAAUUUAGUGAGUUGAACCUAUCGGUCUCCUAACUAGAGCGAAUCCAUCUGUCCGUCCACACCCAAGUUCCUGUUCGGGGCCCUGAGAGCCGGCCGCACCCCCACCCCGUCCUCCGGUCCAGGACCCGGGAAGGGACGGGGCGCUCGGAAAUUCUCUGCCACGGAAGCUCUGCGCACACAUCGCUGUCCCGGGGAUGUCAGUCCUGUCCAGCGUCAACCUGAGCGAUGGUCCCCUAACCACAGCAGUGACACCAAACGAGAGGAAAUUGCUUUCUGUGAGAGAGCCCAAAAAUCGCAGUUUCUGGAUCCAUAGAAGAGACGUGUUGAAUAGAGUGACGGGAAUGUUCGAUUUGCUCCGUCUAGAAAUCACAUGAGAUGGGAGCCAUUUACUAAUAAGAUUCACAUGUGUGGAACGAACCCAUAAAACACUACCCUGAAAUUAUAAUCUUACCAGGUCUCUAAAACAUGGCGUAAACACUUAGUAAUAGCAAUAAAACCAAAGGAGGAAAAAAGUUGAAUUUAUUUUAGAAGACAAAAAUCUGGCUGUGUGUCUGGGUUAUUUUAGUGAAUUUAUUGGCAAUAAUAAAGAUAGUGUAAUUACAGUACUUAUAAAUAGGAUAAAAUGUAAGAAUCUCAUGCAAGAGUUAUUUAAAUACUCCACAGUUGUAGAACAUUAUCUAAAAAUUAUAAUCUGAGAGGUUUGAGACAUUGAUUAAUCACUUCAUGGCAGUAAAACUAAGAGAAAAACCAGAAUUAACUUUAGCAGAGAGGAAAGUGUCAUGCUGUGGUUUUGGGUCUUCAGAAGCCUCCUUGGAGGAUGGGGACAACUUGAAGGCAAGUCACUUCUGCUUUGAGGCUGCGUGGACAGUGCUUGGUGUAGACACAUCUCUGGGCACGUCAAUGGGCAUAUGCAUGUCGGGGAGUCCUGGGGUGAGGCCCCGGACCCCUAGGCAGUUUCUUCCUCCCGUUCUGGAAUCUGGGGAAGGACCGACCCUCUGCUGUGAGGCCAGGGUGAGGGAAGGAGGGAGCCCAGGUCGGCGACACCUUGUUCCAUGGGCAGGCUGGGUCGAAAGAGUUCUGUCUCCCGCUUCUGACUGUGAUUUUCUGCUGUGGCGAAGCGUUCCCAGGGCGGUGACUUCCCCGCGUGAUCUUUAAGGGCAUGGACUGUUUUGGCGCGUCCAUUAAUCCCGCACACAUUUGGGUGUUUUCUUUAUGUUUAACUCAGCCGCAUCAAUGUGUCCUUGGAACCCUUUGGGUCACCGUCCAGAGGGCCCCCUGAGACCCGCUCUCUCUCCGUGUUCCCGAGCUUCUUUCUCUGACGAACUGGGUCACCAGGCCCCCCUGCGUGCCAAAGCUCGGUCGGGGGCUCGGUCGGGGGCUCCCCGUUGUGGAAAAUGCCCGUUUUCAAAAAAAUCUUUAU